UAACACAGUUGUCUUCUCUGGACUCCUUUACGUUAUUAUUUAAUCACAAGCCAAAAACUCCAUAGCCAAAUUCGUCAACACAAUGCAUGCUAAGACUGACUCGGAGGCGACCAGCAUUGACGCCUCAUGGCUUCCCCGGUCUCCACUUAGGCCGGUAUACUACGUCCAGAGCCCCUCCAACCACGACGUCGAGAAGAUGUCAUACGGCUCCAGUCCCACCGCCUCUCCCGCCCACCACCAUUACCACCACUGCUCCCCCAUCCAACACUCUCGUGAGUCCACCACCUCUCGAUUCUCCGCCUCCUUGAAGAAACCCCAAAGCCUCUCUGCUUGGAAACGCGUGCGGCUGCAUCACGAUGACGACGACGACGACGACGAAACGGACGGGCGUGACGGAGGGUCUACCGAUAAAGUCAGAUUGUACUUUUGUAUUGGUUUGUUAUUCGUUCUCAUGUUCACCGCGUUUUGCUUGAUCUUGUGGGGCGCCAGCAAGUCUUACAAGUCUGAAAUCAUCGUCAAGAACAUCGUGUUCGAGAAUUUUAAUGUACAAGCAGGUAAUGAUGGAUCAGGGGUGGCAACAGAUAUGCUGUCUCUAAAUUCAAUUGUCAAGGUGUUAUACAGAAACCCAGCUACCUUCUUCGCCGUCCACGUCACUUCUACCCCUCUGGAGCUUCACUAUUUCAGUCUCAAACUGGCCGCCGGACAGAUGAAGGAGUUUAAGGAAUCGAGAAAGAGGCAGAGGAUGGUAGUGACAGUGGUGAAAGGAGAUCAAGUGCCACUCUAUGGUGGGGUUUCGGUUCUUGCAAAUGCUGGACAGCAACUUCAGAGAGUUGAAGUUCCCCUGAACUUGACAUUUUUGGUGAGGUCAAGGGCUUUCAUUUUGGGGAAAUUGGUGAAAUCUAAGUUUUAUAGCCACAUUCGAUGCUCCAUCACUUUAAAAGGCAGCACACUCGGCAAGCCCCUAAACUUGACUAAUUCAUGUGUUUAUGAUUGAUAAUCUUCAUCUUCAUGAUUCUCGAAAACAUCUUGAUAACUUCUUGACUUUUGAAAAUUUGUUUUCACAUAAAAUGAAUGCAUCUUUAGAUGAUUCAAA